GGAUGCCUCGUUCUUUCGGCGUCCUAGUGCAGCAAAGAACAUUCCCCUCGCUAAUAUUGACCAGACACAGACAAAAGAAUUUAACUUCUGAUAGGCAGAGAGAGAGAGAGAGAGAGAGGUCAACAAUGGUGGAUUUAGAGAACGAAAAGACACUGAGAAAGAUCUCUGAUGCGUUCAAGGAACUUGCAGCAACCGUAAACUCGCAAGCCGCGGAUAUGGAUGUGGCUCCUUUUUCACGCGCCUGCUCUUUAGUCUCUCCCUUGUUUGGUUGUUUGGGCAUCGCCUUCAAGUUCGCGGAAAUGGAUUACGUCGCCAAGGUUGAUGAUCUUGCAGAGGCGUCGAAGUCAAUUGCAACGCUAAACGCAAUGCUCGACAGGGAUGUAGAGGGGAACUGCGUUAGGAAAGCUGGGAGUCAUACAAGAAACCUUUUGAGAGUGAAACGUGGGCUUGACAUGGUCAGGGUACUCUUUGAACAAAUUCUAGUUACAGAGGGGAACUCCUUGAAAGAUCCAGCUUCCAGGGCCUAUGCGCAGGUAUUUGCACCCCACCAUGGGUGGGCAAUCAGGAAAGCUGUAGCUGCAGGAAUGUAUGCUCUCCCUACAAGGGCGCAGCUGUUAAAGAAGCUAAAUGAAGAUGAGGCAUCAGCAAGGAUUCAAAUGCAAAACUAUGUAACAGCAUCUGGCCCCAUCAUUUUGUACAUUGACCAACUGUUCCUUUCAAGAGAAUUGGGUACAGAUUGGUAAAAGAUAUUGUAUUCAUGGAUAUCUAUUUAUUGUGAUAAUUUCAAUCAAGCAAAAUAAACCGUAUUUGUCCAGUUGUGUCAAUUAUUCCAUUUUUUCUGCCUCUCUUUUGCCUCAUUUUCCCCUUUUAGAACAUUGUCUAGUAUAAUUGUACAGAUCCUAUUAAACUAUUGGAUGGUCGAAACCAAACAUGAAACAUGAUUGACACCAUGAUGUGAAUUAAAUUUUCA